UACCGCAUGCUCAAAUGCUGUAGGCUCAGUCUGUCUAGUCUCUAACUUUAGCUGGGGAGUAUAGCCGCAAUUGAAGUAUUGCUCAAUAUGUUUGUUCUUGAGUCCUUCGGCUCGUAAAAGAAUCAAUACAUUUAGCGGUGUAUGUAGCGUAGGUUUUCUUGCAGUUGAUUUUGAAAACCCUGUUCUCAACAUGAAGGGUAUAAUUGAAGAUCCCGCGGACACCGAAAGUGCUGGUUUUGGGUGCGCUGUGACAAACCGCUUUGGUCAGCUUUUAGACGACGAGGCCGACCCUUUCGAUAUAAUUCGCCAGGCUCAAGUGGAGAAGCAGAAGAAAAAGAAAAAGGAUGAGCCGAAAAAAAAUGAUGCUACAGCCAAGCCUGUCAAGAAAGAGUCUCAAAAGGACAGGAGAGCUCCCUUGAGUGCCGGGGAAAGCGACAAUGUACAACAACCUAAAAGUUUACAUGGUCAGAAAUAUCCUCGCGGUACACCUGCCCAGGUGGAGGACAGGGGUGAACGACGAGUUGGCUUCCGGGACCGGAGGCAGAACGACAAUGAGGCUCCCCUAGGAUACUCCAUUGAAAGGCCUGUGGAUCCGGAUGUGCGUGCUGGACGGGGCAGAGGCGGCGGUCGUGGACGGGGAAUGCGUGGGUCUGGCAACUUCAGAUCCACAGAUGGCUUUGACCAGAGAGGAAAGAGGGAGUUUGAGCGCCACAGUGGGAGUGAUAGAACUGGUGUUCGGCCAGAAGAGAAGAGGGGCGGCAGUGGUCCACGUAACUGGGGAUCCAUGAGGGACCAUAUGAGUGCUGCGACUGAUGGGGCUCCCACUGAGGAUGGUGGUGAUGGAGAUGAGGUGGCAGAUUCUGCUGAGACUGGAGCAAAUCGUGCCCCAGAGACUGAGGGAGAGGGGGAAGCGGUUGUGGAGAUUGCUGUGGAGAUGUCUCUGGAUGAGUGGAAAGCCCUGCAGGAACAGAACCGUCCCAAGAAGGAGUUCAACCUGCGCAAGGCUGAUACCAUUGUGCCCUCGGACUCUGUAGUCAUCCACAAGUCCAAGAAACAUGUUGAGGAGCAUGCUGAAGAGGUUGAGGAAGAUGAUGACAUUUCAUCUCUUCGUCGCCCCGCCAAUGACAUCACAGCCAAACUGAAGAUUGACUUUGGCAGCCUUGGGCGACCCUCCCGGGGGGCCAGGGGAGGAGGUAGAGGGGGGCGUGGACGUGGUGGCCCAGCCACUCGGCCAGAGACCAUUUCUCCUCAGAAGCCGCCUGAGAAGCCCCGAGUCCAGCAGGGACAGGCACCAAACCCCGAUGACCCAGAGGAUUUCCCAGCACUGGCUUAAAGGAAAGGACCAGCCCUGGACCAGAGCCCAGUUCAGGUGGCCCUUGACCUGUACUGUGCCUUAGUGGAAUCAGCUGCACUUCCCAAGAGAAAACAGCGGGUUUUGCUCAUAUUCAUCCCAAAGGACUGUAUAUAUAUCAGAGUUCCUAUCUGCUCUCUGUAUAGUUCAGAUGAAUGGCCUUUCAUUGUAAUGGGGAAAUAUGAAUACUUGACCUGUUGAUUAAAAUAAAUGCACUGUUGACAUCAACACACCCUGA